AUGGCUACCAUGGCAGCGGCUGCUCGUGAUAUCUCCCAGGCCUCCUUGAGCCGAGACAACUUAACUGCUGUAGCGGCUCGGAGUGUCCCUGCGACUGUGACACGAUCUCAACAACCCCUUCCUACUCCCCCCAACUCCAUCUCUCCCAACCUGCCGCCUCACGGCCUCAAGGCGCAGCUCCAAAAGGCCAAGCUUGAGCCUAUUGACUCAGACCUGGACCUUCACGAGCCGUCGGAUCGACGACGUUCGAUCUCGCCUGGCCUCGAGGCUUCGGGUGCCAUUACUGGCUCUCUCCUUGCCAAAUACCACCUGCCAGAGAUCCUGCUCAACCAUGGUCCCUUGGCUAUCAGACACAUCAUGGGGUACCUGACCACUUCGGUACCCGGAUUCUCUGGGAUUCCCCCAACAAAGGCGCGGAGACUAGUCGUGGGAGCUUUGGAGGGACGAGGAGGAGAAGGAGGCGGACUGGAUGGAGAGGUGGAAUUUGAAAAGGUGGGAUGGGGCCGCUGGGAUGCUCGCAAGCGAGGACAGCCUUCUCGACACCGACAAGGAACUCCUCCUUCAUCCUACGGCGCGGGCAUCCCCAUUGGCAACAUCGGCGGUAGGGGUCAAGACCGGCCCAGACUCAGCAUUGCGUCAAGCAACGGGGAUUCGGUGCAGUAUUCUCACGAUGAUAACGACAUUUACAUGAUGGAGCAUGAGGCCGACAAGAUGUCCAUGGAUGGAUCUGGAUCCGCUUCGUGCUCCGAGGCCCCGGAUGAUGAUGUCGUUAUGAACGAUGAUCCGGAGGAUGCGACAGAUGACGAGGAUUGGGCUACCAUGGGAGCUGCUGCUCUUCGAGCCGAGUCUUACCCUAACCAGGCGGCAGCUCAGACGGACCAUGGCUUCCGAUCCUCUUCUGCAUAUGCUCCAGGUGGACUUCGUUCGUUCUCUGCCAGCUCCGGCAUGGCUCGUACACCUCAAACACUAAACAUCGACUUCUCGGCGUUGGCGGGCACCUCUGACGCACAGGAGCGGGAGGCCGUCGAGGCCCUCCUGCAGCUCGGUUCUGUAUAA